ACUCAUUCACUUUGCCACAGUAAAUACAACGCUUGAAACUGGUUGCAAAUAUCUCGAAAUCUAAUGUGGACAUUAUGAUCAUUUCUGUUGGCGCGGAGCAUUCUUCCAUGCGGGCUGCUAUUCAACUUCUCUGCCAUGAGUCCGGUGACCCUGAUAUUAUGGCAAAUAGACACUCGUAUCUUCAUCGCAAGCACUCAAAACAUCAGCUGACUGGUGCACUAGAAUAUAUUUUAGUCAACGGAACAUCGUCUUUAUGGCAUAUUUCCCCCUGAAAGCCUACAACCAUAGCAACUUCAAUGCAGGAAUGCCUCCCUUCCAUGCACCAUGUCAUUCAAUCCCAUUAGGCUAUUAGUCACAGGAGACUCGGUCAAAUUGUGCUCUUCGUGAGUUGUACGUAAAUCACUUGGGUCAUGGAACUUGCCGAU